GUCAGCUGCAGAUGAGACACCUUCACUCAAUAUCAAUACUCUCUUUCGGUUUUGAACAUGUGCUAAAUUGUUGUUUGGUAUUUUUAAGGAAUUAUGGUUAAAAUUAAAAAAGUAAAAAUCGGUGCUGCCAAAAGAUCGCAGCAUCUGAAAUUAAAGAAACGCAACACAAAACUUAAAUUUGCUCAGGCAAAAACUGAUAAGUUAAAAAAAGCAGCAAGUCAUAUCAAAAGAGAACCAAAACAGUACGAUCAACCAAAAAAAUUUAAAAAUCGAAAGAGAAAUCAUGGUAGACCAAUGGAGUACCAAAACCAUGAUAUUAAUGAUGAGGAAAUAUAUGAAAAUAUUAAAGACGUGCUCGAGGAAGAAGAUAUAAUCGAAAAUUGUGAUGAAAAUUUAUUGAACAAACAUUUAAGAAAAAAUUCGGAAGAGACAGAAAACAAUUUUGAGACAGAAUAUGCAAAACAAAAUUUAAUGAACGACCCCCAGAAAGAAAUUUUAUUACUGCCAAUUAAAAGUAGAGACGGUGAAAUUAUAACCAGGAAAACUAAAGCAGAUCAUAAAAAAGUUUUAACAUCAGAGGAUAAUCAAAAUGAACAAAUUGAAGAAGAAGAGGAAGAAGAACUUGAAGACUCCGAUGACGAUGUAAUCAAUAAUGAAGAUAUUUCAGAUGGUAUGAAAAUUGAGUACAAAAAAUUUCUUACAACAACGGACCUUUUAUGUCUACGAGAACAAGAGAUAAAAAAACAAAAAUAUCGAAUUGGUAUCAUAUGCUCUGGAAUUUUAGAAAAACCCGAGGAAAAAUUAAAAAACUUCAAGGCUUUAUUUAAUCUGUUAGACGAGCGAAACGAAACUGGUGCGCUUAAUUUUUUCACUGUUAGAAAAUUAGCUUGUUUUUCUAUAGCUGAGAUCUUUAAAGAUAUUUUGCCAGAAUAUAGAGUAGGACAAGUUGAUCCUAAAAUGACUACUGUAAGAAAAACAACUUUGGAAAGAAUAACAUACGAAAAUAUGUUAUUGCAACAGUUUAAAAAGUAUUUGACAAAAUUGGAAAAAAUUACGGCGUUCGCCACAAAGAAGGAAUCUUCAAACACACCAAUUAAAGAAAGAAUGUGUGAAGUGGUUGUUGUUUGUUUGUGUGAAAUUUUGUCUUCCCAUCCAUAUUUCAAUUAUGUUCAAAAUGUUGCGCAAUUACUAGUUUACAUGCUAAAUUGCAAAUUCAAGAGCAUACGCGAGAAGGUCAAUCAAUGCUUCAGAAAUUUGUUUGAAACCGAUAAGCGACUAGAUAUGACUUUAUUCAUAAUGCGCAGAAUCAAUCAUCUAAUUAAAUCAAAAUCUAACAACGUGCAUGUGGAAAUGAUAACAUGUUUUAUGUCAUUAAAAAUUAAAAACGUCAAUCUUGACGCAGAGAAAGAAAAUGAACUUAAGAUAAAAAAACUUGAAAAUUUCCGACAAAGAUUAUGGAAUAUGUCAAAGAAGGAGAGGAAAAGGCAAAAAAAAUUACGUGAAUUGAAUAAAGAAUUACAAGAAACGAAAGCAGAAGAAAAUAAACAAACAAAGCAUUUUAAAUUAACUGAAAUUACGAAAAUGGUAUUUACGGUUUAUUUCAGAAUUUUAAAGAAUGAUCCGAAUUCAAAACUUCUAAGUUGUUGUCUUGAAGGAUUGGCUGAGUUUGCACAUGUGAUCAAUUUAGAAUUCUUUGGCGAUCUCAUAGAAGUUUUGCAUGGCUUAUUAAAUGCGUCCAAUCUGGGAUACCGGGAAGAAUUGCAUUGCAUAGAAACUAUUUUCGCUGUAUUAUCUGGACAAGGAGAAAUUUUAAAUAUAGAUCCAAUAAGGUUCUAUGGGCAUUUGUAUAGUAAUUUACUUAAGGUAGAUGCCGGUGUAUCUCAUAACGAUGCUCAAAUUGUGCUGAGAAUUCUAAAUAAUGUUUUAAUAAAAAGGAGGAGAAAUAUUUCUUCUCAAAGACUCUCAGCCUUUGCCAAGCGUACAAUAAUUCUAAGUCUUCAUUUACUGCACAACGGGACCUUAGGUUGUCUAGGAAUCAUUAAAAACUUGCUUCAUUUGUCGUCUUUGAAUACAAUAUUAGAUACCGAUUGCAAUAUUGGGUCAGGUGAAUAUGACCCUUAUUUAGAUGAUCCUGAGUAUUGUAAUGCAAAUUCUACAUGCUUGUAUGAAACUUCAUUACUAGUACACCAUUACCACCCAACAGUCAGAAAAUUUGCAGCACAUAUAACAACUGUUGAUGGUCCGUCUAUGGUUAAUGAUAAAUUAUUAUCGGAAGUAGGCAAACUGUCUGUUGAAGAAUUGUAUUGCACUUUCGACAGUUCUGAGAUGGCUUUCAAUCCUGAAAUACCAAUACCUACAUCAUCCCAUGGCAAAAAAAAAAAUUCCAGAACUAAAUCAUCUUAUAUUGAAAAGUGUGAAGAAAUUUCAAGAAAAAUACCAAAUAAGCAAAUAAAUUUUUAUGAAUAUUUAAAACUUUAAAUUUUGUUUCAUUUCUUUUUUUUUGAUUUUUACUUACAAAUUAUUUAAAUUACAUAUGUAAACUAGUUUUUUUUAUAAAAAGUUAACUUUUUUAGCUGCGCACAAGCAUAAAUGGAAAUAAAAUAUUUUAUCUUACAUAUUUUAAUGU